CCGUUGAUUUUGCCUUCUGCUGUGUGCUGUCUGGUUAUUUUUUCUUAUUUCAUGAAUUCCCUUCUGAACCCGUACAAAUUUGUCAACACCUGUUUUGUUAAAUAGAAUUCAUGUAGAUUUAGCAAGUAUUCACUUAUUAUUCUUAUAAAAUGGGAAUGCAGUCGCAAAUAGAAGAACAAGAAAAGCUACUGGACGAAGCUUUAGCUAACGUCAAGGUGCAAGCUUUUCAGAUGAAAAGAUGCUUGGACAAAAGCAAACUGAUGGAUGGUCUUAAGCAUGCUUCCUCCAUGUUGGCCGAACUACGUACUUCUCUAUUGUCACCUAAGAGCUAUUACGAGUUGUACAUGGCAAUUACUGAUGAACUGCGUCAUCUUGAAUUGUACCUUCUUGAUGAGUUUCAAAAAGGACGUAAAGUGGCUGACCUUUACGAGCUUGUACAAUAUGCUGGCAACAUCGUGCCAAGACUCUAUUUGCUGAUAACCGUGGGUUUGGUGUACAUAAAGACAAAUGCCUCACUGAAGCGAGAUCUUCUGAAGGAUUUAGUGGAAAUGUGUCGCGGGGUGCAGCAUCCGUUGAGAGGUCUAUUUUUACGCAACUACCUGCUCCAGUGCACAAGAAACUCUCUGCCUGAUGUACCCGACGGUGCCGGAGAUGAAGCUGAAGGAACGGUGAGAGAUGCGAUCGACUUUGUUCUGAUGAAUUUCGCCGAGAUGAACAAGCUGUGGGUGAGGAUGCAGCACCAGGGUCAUUCGCGAGACAAGGAGCGUCGUGAGAGAGAGCGCGAAGAGUUAAGGAUCCUUGUCGGCACAAAUCUCGUCCGCUUGUCGCAGUUGGAAUCCAGUAAUCUGGACAAAUACAGGAAACUCAUCCUACCUGGUAUCUUGGAGCAAGUUGUUUCUUGUCGAGAUGCUAUCGCUCAAGAGUAUCUCAUGGAAUGUAUCAUACAGGUUUUCCCAGACGAAUUCCACCUUGCCACACUGAAUGCAUUUUUGAAAUCGUGCGCGGAACUUCAGCCGGGGGUUAACGUCAAGAGUGUGGUCAUUUCAUUAAUUGACAGAUUGGCAACUUAUUCACAAAGAAGCGACGCAUCGUCCGCUGAUGUUGAUAGGGGUGAAAUCGGAAAACUUUUCGAUAUAUUUUCUGAUCAGGUAGCUACAAUCAUCCAGUCCCGAGUGGAUAUUUCGUCCGAGGAUAUAGUUUCCCUGCAAGUGUCUCUGGUGAACCUGGCGUUGAAGUGCUACCCCGACAGAGUCGACUACGUAGACAAAGUCCUUCUCACCACUGGCCAAGUAUUUGAAAGACUUUCAAUCGAAAAAGUCGUGCACAAAACUGCAGUUUCCAGAGAGUUGUCAAGACUUCUCAAGAUCCCCAUCGACCAUUACAACAAUGUGUUGACGAUACUCGAGCUGUCACAUUUUGUACCGAUUUUAGAGUACUUUGAUUACGCCGGAAGGAAAUCCAUUGCAGCUUAUAUAGUCAAUAAUAUUCUGAACAGCGAAACGUACAUUCCUACACCGAAUGAAGUGGAUACGGUGCUGACAAUGAUCAGUCCAUUGAUCCAAGAUCAACCCGAUCAGCCAGCAGGUGAUGACGAUCCUGAAGACUUUGCUGAAGAGCAAGGACUUCUUGCUAGGUUUAUCCACCACCUACGUUCAGACACUCCAGACCAACAGUAUCUGAUUCUGAGCACAGCCAGGAAGCAUUUCGCAGUGGGUGGAAAUCGGCGCAUCCCCCACACUCUGCCACCUCUAGUAUUCCAGGCUUACCAACUUGCAUUCAAAUACAGCACUCUCAGAGACCAGGAUGAAUUGUGGCAGAAGAAAUGUCAGAAGAUAUUCCAGUUUUGUCAUCAAACAAUAACAGCAUUGACUAAAGCUGAGUUGGCCGAAUUACCACUACGUCUGUUUCUACAGGGUGCCUUGGCCAUCAACCGAAUGCAUUUCGAUAAUCAUGAAACUGUGGCUUAUGAGUUUCUUACUCAGGCUUUCUCGCUGUACGAGGACGAAAUAUCGGACAGCAAAGCACAGUUGGCUGCCAUCACUCUGCUGGUUGCGUCGUUCGAGUGCAUGACUUGCUUCAGCGAGGAGAACGCCGAGCCAUUCCGGACGCAGUGCGCUCUGGCCGCAUCCAAGCUACUCAAGAAGCCCGACCAAUGUCGCAGUGUGGCCACCUGUUGUCAUCUCUUCUGGUCCGGCAAGAAACGCGAUCAAGAGAUCCAUGACGGGAAAAAAGUUCUUGAUUGUUUGAAAAAGGGUGUCCGUAUUGCCAGCCAAUGUAUGGACUUGUUUGUCCAGACUCAGCUGCUAGUAGAACUUCUCAAUUACUACAUUUACUUCUAUGAAAAAGGCAAUGAACAGAAUAUUUCCACUUAUUUGCAGGUGACUGUGGCCAUGCUAAACCAGGUCAUCUCUAAAAUUCGAGAUGAACUCCCAAAUCUCGAAUCGAACGAGGAAUCUGAACAGAUUGGAAAACAUUUCUCGAACACCAUAGAUUAUCUGAAAAGCCGAAUGGAAAAUCCCGAGUCUGAAGGAGUUUCUUACGAGGGACUUUCGUUGUAGAUCGGCUGUAAUUGUAAUUGUUAUCAUUGAUUUUUGAUAUGGAAAUAUUACUGUUCCUAUUGAGAUGAAUAGGAAGACUUAGAUGCAAUAUGAAUGUGCAUCUGAUAUCAGAGAGAAAGUAUAUUCCAUUAUAUUAAUAUAUAUAUAAAUUAUGAGUCAUUAUUGAAACUUUUAUACACCAUUCAAAUUUAUUACAUUCAAUUAAACUUCGAAUUUAUGAAUGUGCAUGAGGAAUCAGAGACGUUUAUCAGAGAAUAUGUUUUAUUAUAAUAAUUAUAAUAAUAUGUAUAUGUUUUAAAUACAGGGUCUUUGAAAAAGAACUACCUAGCUGUAGGUAUAAAUUCAAUGUGUAAAUUGAUGAAAAACUACAUCAACAAUUACAUACAAUGAAACAGAGAAUAUUCAAGUUUUGUUCCACAUCAGUACACUUCAACAUGGGAUCCAUUUGUUGCCCUGCACACGUCGAGACGAUAUUCAAGUUCUCGCCAUGUAUUCACCAACAUAUCAGGUGUAACUGUCCCAACCGCCGUGACGAUUCUUUCCCAAAAAUAGUUCAUGUCUCUAAUUUUUCCACUGUAUACUACAUUUUUUAUGUGCCCCCAAAAGAAAAAGUUCAGAGGGGCUAAGUCCGUGCUCCGUGGUGGCCAAGCAAUUGGGCCAGCUCUACCUAUCCAUCUUCCCGGAAAGCAAGUGUCUCGAGCCGCGCGCACAUGGUUAUUGUAAUGAGGAGGGGCGCCAUCUUGUUGGUGGGUCUGCAACUGCAGGGGGACAAAACUUAGACAGUUGCUGAAUCAAAUACCACAAACUAGAAUAGACUAUUUCACUUUUUACAGAUUCUAUGACAUAUUAAAACUAGGGAGUUCUUUUCUAAACACUCUGUAUAAAUAAGUACUAGACAGAGAUUUCACUUAAUUCUAUGAUCAAUUCAUUGAUUACCUAUGAAUAGUACCAGUAGCAUAAGCUUUCCAGUUUCCUUAGAACUCAGUUUGAAUAAUUUCUCAUCACAUUUAAAAUGCCUAACUCUAGAUUUUGAUGACCAACUUCGUAGGGAUUCCAACGAUACCAAAAAAUGUCAAUAUCAAAAAGCCCUUUACACUUGAAAGCCUUUUGCAAAAAUAAAUCCUUUCCACCCUGGUACAGCCAAAUAAUUUUUUCUUGUAAGUAUGUUUACAUUAGUUGGUAAAAUUGAAAUCACUGGCUAGUUGGUCAUGAAAAUUGAAAGAGUUGGACAUUAAACGCACAAAUAACAUUAUGUUAUUAGAGGUUACUACGCAUUGGUGAUGAAUGUUCGCUUAUAAUUGUUUGGUGAUCAGUUCAUUGAUUACCAAUGACUUGUAAUCUCGAGUAGCAUAUAAUCUAUCCAGUUUCCAUAGAAUUCAACACGAAUGAUCUCCCCCAGGCAUUUACUGUCCAGUUCUUUUAAUUUUGACCAUUUUCUCAGUGAUUCCAUCUAUACCAACAAAUGUAAAUGUAUUCCCAAAAUAGUUAUUUAUGUGUUAAGAGCGUGAAACGCAACUUUAUCGCUCGAGUCAAAACAGUUAUCACGUGAUUCGUAGCGGAGCGUGGUAAUUUUUAAGAGAGUGAUAAAGAAGCUUUCUGCUCGAAUUAGAUACAAAUUUUUUCUACAACUGCAGUAUUAAAUUCCAAUACAAUAAACAAGUUUGUUUUCAAUUUAUCAAAUUAUUUUUGAAAAUCAAUGUAAUAAUAAUAAUGAUACAAUUUAAUUAUUCUAUCUAUUCAUAAUAAUUUAUUUUAUAGUAAUAUAUUAUUAGAAUAAUAUAAAACAAUUAAUAAGCUUAGUAACAUCUGCAAAAAUUGAUAGGAACGUGAUUUGAACCUGUGUCCCUCAAAGUGAGAGUCAUCUCUCCAGCCGUCUUUGCCACAAUGGCUGGUGAAUCUAAAUGCGAAAAAGUAGGAACAUGAACUUAUUGGAAUUGCAUUUUUCUAAAUGUAGCCUACUGCUCAUGCGCUGCCGUUAGCGAGCGUAAAGUAGAUUAUCGCUCGCUUCUCAGAAAAAGGAUGUUUUAUGAUAAGUUUUCAGCUCCUAAAGAAGAACUUUACGAGCUGUUGUAGAAAAAUGGUAUUUUUAGAGCGUUUCGUCUCUCAGAUUGGCUACCCUUACAAAGGGAUUAACUUAAGCCCUAACCCUUAAGCUUAACGAAGCUUAACUUAUCUUAUCGAUAACUUAUCAGCGAGCCCACAGAUCCAAGUCGCUCCCAAAUCGAUCCAAAUAAUAAUAAUUGUUUUGUUCACCAAUUCAAGAGCUUCGCUCAUUUUACGGUCGCAAUACUCGUCCUACCGUGGGAAAUUAUUGCAAUGUGGUGAACAAAUUUGAGUAAACUGGUUUGGUUUGGUUAAUGUUCGAAUAACAUCAGUACUACAACGGAUCGGCAACAACAGUGUCGCCCAUUUAAACUUACCAUAUUCUAUUCCAUCACCUUCCUUUCAUGGAUCAAGUUUCUAUAAGUAAACUAAGAAUGUUACUGUUUAUUUCGGAUGAUGCCCACAUGAGUCAUAUUCAAAUCAUAUAAUUAUUUACUAUACUCUAUUAUUUAAAAUCCCUCAAUUGUAAAAUAUAAAAGGAUUACAGAUUACUCGUAUUAAAAAUUCUGUCUAGUACUUAUAGAUUAUCAAAAAAAGAACUAUACAUUGCAACCUAUGUAUGCCCAUUUUUUAGAGUUUUAUGCAUCAUUUUUAGUUGAUUUUUAAUUAUUUAUUAAUCUUUAUCAUGAAUCAGAGAUACUUGUCAGGGGGGGGGGUGAAGAACCAUUACUGGUUGCUCUUAGCAGCAGACUUGUUGCGUUGUUUCUGUGGCAUGUAUGACGACAUGGUGUAGUUGCUACUGAUCAGAUGGAAUAAAGGAUAAUCUCUCUGUUUUAAUUGCAUAAGAAAGAUGAAGAUUUGGUUAAGACAGAAAAACUGCCAAAAAGCAGAAACAAUUGAAAGAUGUAAAAAGAUAAUGAGAUAAUCUCUGCAAAUUAAUUCGACCAAUUAUUUUUGUAUUUCAACUGUGGAAAUUUCACAGACUCAUCAAAUUCAACAUUACGAAAAUUGAAAUUUUAUACAUACCUUUAUAUUAUUUUAACCUCAAUUUAAUUUUAUUUGAACGUUUGACAGCAAAUCGUCAGAAAUAUGAAUGUUCCAGUCAUAUACAAGUUAGUACAUACCAUCACUAGCGUAUUAUAAAUAUUUAACAAUGUUUAUGAAAUGUACAUAUGAAAUACAGAAUUAUUAAUUUGA